AAAUGAAGAAUGGAACAGAUCGAGUUGUCCGGACGAGUAUUUCCUCGUUACGACUGUGUGUAUAUAAAGAAUGAUAUUUUACUUUCCAUUCAGUGUGAUCUUUACACAGAGCAACUGUAAGCAGUAGUAUGCUCGCCAUCUUCGUACUUCUCGGCCUAGCAGCCAGUCUUUCCCCUGCAGCGGGGUUGGAACUGGUUAAAAAUUGUGACAACUACAAACCCUUUGUCAGCGACUGGAUUUGCGAAAACAACAAAUUUAAUCCUUUGGAAAUCAACAAGGAACUUAUCACUGGUAUGAACAGCAACAGAAGACGAUAUGAUGGAUUUACCUACAUUGAUGACACGAAGGACUGUGUCGUGGACAUUCCUAAGCCUAAGCCGGUGAUUGCCAAAGUGGCAACAAGACAUCGACGUAUAAAGUUUGAGGAGCUGUGUAGAAUGGAAAAAAUCCCUAUUUGGAAUGUGUUCGAAAAUCUCAGCUUUGGAGGCCGAUCUUCUCAAUUUGAAUGUAUAGUUAUUGAUACCGACUGGAUGCGACAAGAGUUGUACUACGCCCGGUGUAUGAACCCUGUCGAAAAAACACAUGACAAAUGUCAAAUGGACUACGGAGCACGUGAAGAGUUUAGGUGCAUUCAAUCCGGAUUUGUGGAGAAGCGCGUGUUGGUUUAUUGUCCCGAUGCUGACGAAUACAUUUUUACAACCAGAAGGGUACCAACCACUUGUAGCUGCAGGAAAUGCUUCCAUUGCGAAAGCGCAGAUAUUCUUUUUGCUGAUUUACUGGCAGGUCUUGGUACUCGCUUUGAAUUGCCUGUAACUCCUAUUAAAGCCAAACCUCUGGGAUGCAACAUGUAAAGGUCAUAUAUGGCCUAUCUAUCGAGACUUAUGAACACUCCGAAAGUAAAUCCACAUGCUCUAUGUGAUACUCCCCGAUACCACCAAAUAUAUGGACUUUAAUGAUGCAAAUUCCUGACAUUAUUAAUUAUUUUUUCGCCAAUAGUUUCAUUUUGUGUCAUUAAACCACCGUCGUUGGGCUGGUGCAAUAUGUUAAUGUUUUUGUAUGUAUAAUGUAAAUUGUUUUGUUUGUUGUUUAAUUGUACAAAUGUAAAUAACACCAUUGUCUGAAAAAAAACUUGUAUUUUGUAAUAUUUCCUUUGUUUUUACUUUUUAAAAUACAUGAUGUUGUUGGUAUUACAUGCAAUGCUAUUUUGUACUUUUCAUCCUUAAUAAACUUGCCAAUUAUGCAUUA